CUGGGCGCCCCUUGCCAGGCCUGAGUCCCCAUAGGCCCCCUCCUACUCCAGGCUUCAUUCCCUUUCUCAGAGGCAGGUCUGUGGCUUGGCUGGGAGAUCCAGGAACUGAGGGAGCACAGCAGCUGUGGGACAAGCCACAUAGCUAAAACCCGGCGGGCCAUAGGGCCCUGCGGAGGAGACCCCAGCAGGCGGACUAGGCUGUCCAAAACCUCCUAACACUCCCAGCCUGUUGCUUAUUCAUUCAGAGUGGGAAAGCGCCAGCCCCAAGACCAGUCUGUGCAGGGCUGCCCAAGUGAGGCCCCCAGGCGGUCUUGCCCGGUGCCCGGCAGAGAGCCUCGUGCAACCCUGGGCACCGCCCCUGCCCUGCCCUGACCCCUUGGCCUCAAAAUGCUGUCAUCGGAGGAGCCGUCCCGCUCGGACCAAGGCCAGGAUGGACAAAGCUAGAGCUGAGGCAGGCAAGGAGCCAUCCUGUCCUCGAGGCCGUGGGAAGAGAAGCACGCAUAGGGGGCCACUCCUGACAGCCUCUCCGUCCACCAGGCCUCUGCAGAGGGGCCACCAUGGCUCUGGCCUCAGCCGGCUGGGAGGUGGGGGCGCUGGUGUGGGGCGCCUGCCUCUGCGUCCUGGUGCGCGGGCAACAGGCCCAGCCGGGGCAGGGCGCAGACCCCGGGCGCUGGCGGCAGCUGAUUCAGUGGGAGAACAACGGGCAGGUGUACAGCCUGCUCAACUCGGGCUCCGAGUACGUUCCCGCCCGAGCUCAGCGCGCCGAGAGUAGCUCCCGGGUGCUGCUGGCUGGCGCUCCUCAGAUCCCGCAGCGGCGCAGCCCAGGAGGCCCCCGGCGACGGCAGGCCCCGUCCCUGCCCCUGCCCGGGGGCUCCGCCUCCUCGGUCUCAGCCUCGGCCUUCGCCACCACGUACCGCCAGCAGCCCUCCUUCCCGCAGCAGUUCCCCUACCCGCAGGCGCCCUUCGUCAGCCAGUACGAGGCCUACGACCCGGUGGCGCGGACCUACGACCAGGGCUACGUGUACUACCGCGGCGCGGGUGGCGCCGGCGCAGCGGCCAUGGCCUCGGCGGGGGUCGUCUACCCCUUCCAGCCGCCCGCGCGCUACGAGGAGUACGGCGGCGGCGGCGAGGAGCAGCCCGAGUACUCGCCGCAGGGCUUCUACCCCCCGGAGANAGCGCGGCGGCUCCCAGCAAGGCCGCCUCAGCGUGGGCAGCGUGUACCGGCCCACCCAAAACGGCCGCGGUGA